AGCCCCAGUAUUUCCGCUUCGAAGGCGUCUGGCUGACGGAGACGGGCAUGGCCGUGCUGCGCAACCUGUCCAUGUCCCCCCUGCACAAGCGCAGGCAGCGCAAGACCCGGCUGGGCACCCUGAAUGGGGAGGGGGGCCUGGAGGGGGGCGACCCCCUGGGCACGGACGAGAAGAAGGACGGGGAUCUGGACGGGGACGACCUGCUGAAGGGUGAAGUGGGCGUGGAGCACAUGGAGUGUGAGAUCAAGCUGGAAGCUGCCGCCAGCCCUGACCGGGACGGAGGGGCCGACGUGGACUCGGGGAAGGGGCUGGAGGAUUCGGAGGAGUGCAAGAAGAGGAAGCGGAAGCCCUACCGCCCCGGGAUCGGCGGGUUCAUGGUGCGGCAGCGGAAGUCCCAUACGCGGCUGAAGAAGGGCUCGGCAGCACUGGUGGAGGCAUGUCGCGAGGUGCUGAGCGCCGAGGGGCACCCGGAGGACGGGGCGCCGGCGGAGAUCCCAGCGGAGGGCGCUGCGGAGCAGGGCGCCACGGAGGGGGACGAGAAGAAGAAACGCCGAGGCAGGAAGAAGAGCAAGUUGGAGGAUAUGUUCCCUGCCUAUCUCCAGGAAGCGUUCUUCGGGAAGGCGCUCAUGGACCUGAGCCGGAAGGCCCUGCUGGCCGCAGGGGGUGUGGGGGAUGGAGCUGCCUGCCCCCCCUUUGGCCAGGGUGCUCCCAGACCCAGGGUGGACCCUGGGGUGCCCGGAACACUCCAGAGGGUGCCUGGAGAUGGGAAGGAGACCCCUGCCCAUCUGAAAGGGGACGACAGCAUGGACAGCAGCGCCCUGGUGGCCCAAGAGGAGGACCCGAAAGGGGCGGAAGCGAAGGCUGAGGACCCAGGGGCAGAGGAGCCGAAAGGUUCUCCGGAUCCUGGGGACAGCGAGAAGCCGGCGACGCCCGGCGAGGGUGCCCUGAGCUCCGACCUUGACAAGAUCCCCACAGAAGAAUUGCCCAAGAUGGAGAGCAAAGACAUCCAGCAGCUCUUCAAGGAUGUGCUGGGCUCUGCCGAGCGGGAGCAGCAGCUGAACUGCGUGGCGGCAGGGAUGGAGGCCGGCAUGGGAGGGCGAGACCCCAACCGAGCGCAGCUCUCCCAGAGGCCCUUCCUGCAAGGGAGUGUUUCUCUGGGCUCUCUCUCCUCCGCUGUCCCCAUAGAGUCCUACUCAGGAGUCUGCCAGUCCCCGUUCCUCGAUAACAGGGAGAGAAGCGGCUUCUUCAGCCCAGACCACUGCGAGCCCGAGAGCCCCUGGGCCAGCAGCUCGGCUGCCACCACCCCCUCCACGCCCACCACCCCGACCACGGAGGGUGAGGGGGAUGGGCUCUCCUACAACCAGCGGAGCCUACAGCGCUGGGAGAAGGACGAGGAGCUGGGCGAGCUGUCCACCAUUUCGCCCGUCCUCUAUGCCAACAUGAACUUCCCCAGCCUCAAGCAGGAUUACCCAGACUGGUCCAGCCGCUGCAAACAGAUCAUGAAGCUCUGGAGAAAGGUCCCAGCUCCGGACAAAGCCCCCUACUUGCAAAAGGCCAAAGAUAACCGGGCGGCUCAUCGCAUCAACAAGGUGCAGAAGCAGGCCGAGAGCCAGAUCAACAAGCAGACCAAAGGGGAGGUGCUGCGCAAGCCUGAGAGACCCUCACUGCACCUGAGGAUCCCGCCCCAGCAGGGGGCGCUGCCUGGUGCUGCGGGGCAGCCCGUCUACAUCAACAGCCCGGUGGCCCUGCCCGGCUCCGCAGAUGGGUUCCUGAAGUCCCCUGCUGGCGCCGAAGCAGCGGCUGAGUCCAGCGAGCUCUUCCUCAAGCUUCCUUCCCAGUCCCCAGCCCAAGUGCCUUCGCACGACCCCUACAGCUACCCGCUGGAGCCCCGCUUCCCCUCGCCCCUGGGCCAGAGCCCCACAGCCGGAGCUGCCUUCCAGCCCUUCCCCACACAACAGCAGCAGCUUCUGCCCACUCCCCGGCCGGCCCUGGGCCCCCAGCCUCCGGAGUUCCACCCCACCUCCCCCGGGACUCCCCGGCACCAGCCCUCCACCCCAGACCCCUUCCUGAAACCACGCUGCCUCAGUGGCUCUCUGGACAACCUGUCGGUGCCGGGGAGCCCCGGGGCCAGGCCCCCCGAGCCCCUGCUCUCGCCCCCUCCCUUCGGGGAGCAGAAGAGGAGCCUGGAGGCUGGGGGGCUGCAGGUGAAGAAGGAGGAAGGGGGCCCGGGAGUGUGUUCCCCUGGCUACAUGGCCGCCAUGGGCUACGCCGACUCCCCGUCCCACCUCUCCUCCGCCGAGCUGAAGGCAGCCGACGUGUUCAAAGCCCCCCUGACCCCACGGGUCUCUCAGGUAGAGCCACAGAGCCCAGGGCUGGCACAUCCCCACCCCCAGGCUCUGGCCCCCUCACCUCCCAGCCACCCCGACCUCUACAGGCAGUCGCCCUCCGUGUCCUGCUACUCGGACCCCUAUGCCCAGCCCCCCCUGACGCCCCGGCCACAGCCCCCCGACAGCUGCUGUGCCCUGCCCCCCAGGUCCUUGCCUUCUGACCCCUUCUCCCGCGUCCCUGCCAGCCCGCAGUCCCAGUCUAGCUCCCAGUCCCCUCUUACCCCCCGGCCGCUCUCCAAUGAGGCUUGCUGCCAGUCACCCGUCACCCCUCGCUUCCAGUCACCCGACCCCUACUCCAGACCCCCCUCACGCCCCCAGUCCCGGGACCCCUUUGCCCCCCUGCACAAGCCCCCACGGCCCCAAAUACCUGACUCCGGCUUCAAAUCGAUCCCAAUCUCCCACAAUCCCCCAGCUGGCAGUGGCUUCCCUCCGGCCCAGCCCAGUGACCCCCACUCCAAGGGGCCGGGGAGCCAGCAGCCCCCCUUCGCCCGCUCCCCUGGAGCCAGCGUCUUCCCUGGCGCCCAGGCCCAGAUGCGGUUCACCUUCCCCUCAGCUGUCUCGGAGCCCCUCAAGGGUUCCCCCUCCCACCAACCCCACGGGAUGAACAGCCAUUUUGCCUCUAGCCAGCCCAUGGGCAAGCCCCAAAGCGCCAACUAUGCCUCUUCACCCGGCUUCCACCAGGCCGGUAGCCCCCUGGGGCCUGGCAACUGCCCUGCUGAGACCUACAGCCUCUCUCCCCUGCGGCCCCCCUCGGUGCUGCCGCAGCAACCCCCCCACCCCCAGCAGCAGCAGGACGGCUCCCUGACCUACCUUCCCCGAGCCGGGAUGGCGCCGCCAGCUGACAAGCGGGACGAGGUGGUGUCGGGGAUCUCUGCUCUCCCCAGCCGGGAGCUGCCCGAACUGCCAGUCAGCCAGGAGGGCGCCGUCAGCAGCAUCAGCCAGUCGGAGCUGGAGAAGCAGAGGCAGCGCCAGAGACUCCGCGAGCUCCUCAUCCGCCAGCAAAUCCAGAGGAACAACCUGCGGCAGGAGAAGGAGAGCGCGGCCGCCGCCACCAGCUCCUCCCAGGCAGCGUGGAGCGCCGAAGCCAGCAGCCAGGCCUUCGAGCAGCUCAGGGGCCUGGCACCCUACCAGCCAGCACAGGACAAGAGCGCCCUCGGGAAUCUGCCCACAGCCCCCGGCAGCAGCAAACUCUCCGGGCCAGCCAUGGUGCCCGCGGCCUUCGCACCGGACGAACGGCUUUCCCGCCCGCCUCCCGCCGCCACGCCCUCCGCCAUGGACCUCAACGGCAGGCCGUCGGUGGGAGCCCCCCAGACCUUCUUCCCACGCGGCAUGUUCCAGGGGCCCUCACCACAGCAGCAGCAGAUGUGGCAGCAGCAGCAGGCGGCGGCUGUGCGGCUCCCCGGCCCCGCCCGCUUCCAGCAGCCACCUGGCCAUGAGCUCAGCCGGCCGGCGCUGGGAGGCCUGGCUGGGCGCAUGGCGGGCCCUGCCGAGCAGAUCCCGUCCUCGCCCGGCGCCGUGGGGGCCCAAUUCAUUGAGCUGCGGCACAAUGCCCAGAAGGGGGCAGCCGGGGGCAUGGGCUCCCCCUUUGCCCAGCAGGGCCCCCCGGCCAGACCACGCUUCUUCCUGCCCGGCGACGAGAGCUCCAGCCAGGCCCUGCGUGCCUCCGUCAUGCCUCUGCCAGCCCCAGUCCUGCAGCCCCAGAAGCUGCCGGCCCCUCUGCCGCCCUCCGCUACUUCCCCGCAGGGGGCUGAGCGGAGCCACCAGCCUCCCCCCAAAAGCGGCCCUCCGGUGCCCCCGCCUCCCAGCGGCCUGGAACUGCAGCAUGGCCCACCCCGCCCUCUGUCGUCAUCCUCCGGCUCUGGCCUGCGUCCUGACGGCCCCAAGGACGGCCCCGCCAUGGAGCCCCGGCUGGCUCCGGUCCCGGCUCCAGCUCCCAGCAAGAGCCACCUGGCGCUGGAGGGUGGGCGGCUCCCGUGCGAGGUGCCGGUGGAGCCUGACCUGGACGACGACUUCGACUCCCACAAGGACCUGGAGGAUGACGACCUGGCCAAUCUGAGCCUGGACCCGGACGUGGCCAAGGGGGACGACGACCUGGGCAACCUGGACAACCUGGAGACCAACGACCCCCACCUGGACGACCUGCUGAACGGCGAUGAGUUCGACCUGCUGGCCUACACCGACCCCGAGCUGGACACAGGCGACAAGAAGGACAUCUUCAACGAGCACCUGCGCCUGGUGGAGUCGGCCAACGAGAAGGCCGAGCGCGAGGCCCUGCUCAAGAGGGAGCCAGCUGGGCCCUGCCCCAAGGGCCCCGGGGAGCCCAAGGAGCUGGCACCCCCCAGGGAGGGGCUGCCGCCCGCCCCCUGCCCCUCCAGCACGGCACCGGCUCCCCACCCAACCUUCAAGGCCCAGGCCAGCAUCCUGGAAGCCAAGCCGGCCUCCCUGCCGUCCAGCGUCCAGCCCAAGCUGGAGGAAGGCUGCCUGAAGACAUCCCCCUGUCAGUUCAACACUGGCGCCUCUGACCGCCUCCCGGUCCCCAUCAAGUCAGAGGCCCUCCAGGGGGCCGAGAAAAUGGCUGCCUCCCUAGGCCUGACCCUCAAGCCUGGCCAGAACCUGCUGAGUGCCGGAGCGGGGCCCGUGCGGCUCGGCACAGCCCCCUUCCCUAACAACGGCCAAGCUGCCACCUCUGGCUCAGACAAGGGCCCCUACGCCGCCCCGGGCCGCGGGCUGGCACCCGGCCAGAGCCCUGCCCUGCUGGAGCUGGAGGGAGGGGCCUUGGGCCUGGCCAACGCCCAGCACUCGCAGGCUGACGACCUGGAGAAGAUGGAGAGCUCCCUGGUGGCCAGCGAGCUGCCCCUGCUCAUCGAGGACCUGCUGGAGCACGAGAAGAAGGAGCUGCAGAAGAAGCAGCAGAUGUCGGCCCACCUGCCGGGGGGGGCCCAGCACCUCCAGCCUGUGCAGCAGCAGCAGCACUCCAUACUGGCUCACCCUGCAGGGCCGGCCCAGCCCCCGGACGGGCAGGCUCCCCGCCUGGUGGGGCCCCAGCAACAGCUGCAGCUGGGCCUCAUCGCCAGGCAGCAGAACCUGGUGCCCACCCAACAGCUAAUGACGCAGCAGCAGCGGGUGGUGGGACCCCAGCAGGGCCAGGUGCUGGCCCCACACAUGGCGAUGGCGCAGCCCCAGCCCCACGUCCUUGCGGCCCAGCACGGCGUCCAGCCAGCGCUGACCCCACAGCCGAACCAGCAGCAGGUGCUGGUGCAGAAGCAGAUACCUGGGGUGCAGCCGACCCCCCUGGGCAUGAAACCCCAGCAGCUCGUCAUGCAGCAGCAACAGCAGCAAUUGGCCAACAGCUUCUUCCCCGACACAG